UUUUUCAUAAUUUUUUCAUGGGUUCACCACAUUUAACUCUCAGAUAAAAUAAUUUGUGCUGUGUAAUAGCGACUGACAGAAAGCAGAUGCGCGUGAUCGUGAGCAGCAGGUUUCCGUCCAGAGACGCGCGCGUCGUUUCUGAUGAAAACACGGCGAAUUAACAAACACAAUUAACGCGUUUAAAUCCACACUGAUUAACAUUUGAACUCGCGUUUAUUUUAUUUAAUUCAGCGUAUAAGUCCACAUCUGGCCCUCCUGCUCAACUCGAAGGGGUUUCGUGGUAUAAAUAAAGGCCAUUCUUCCUGCAAUCAAAUUAAAGCUCAUCUCACACUACCACCAGAGCCACAUUAAAGCUGAAACAAUCCCACAAUUCAUUUAGCAUGAGCUAGAAUGCGCCCAUUUAGCUGCUCUUGAAAACUCGCCCAUUCUCGCCUUAAUAACAUUAGUCUUAAUAGCCAUUAAUAGUCAUUUAUUUAGAAUUGUAUUAGCGCGCGCGCGCGAGGCUGAAUUCUGCGUGCGCAUAACGGAAUAAAACACAAAGGAGCAAGUAUAAAGGAGUUGAGCGCUGAGGAAGCUGACCAGGAGGAGGAUGAUGGAAAGGGUUAACGCGGAGGUGCAUUAGAGAUGCACGGAGGAGCAGAGGGGAGGAGGCGUUCAGCGCUGAGACAUUGUCAUGCAAACAGAGACCACCGCCUCGCCAUUGUCUCCUGGACUCCAACUUUAUUAUAAACACACCGCAAGCCGCCCGCCGCAGCAGAGCACCGGAGCACCGGCACCGAGAGACACGCGCUGGAUACCGCGAGAAAACCACGCGUUCCGCUGGAGUUUGACGCCGGUCCCGGACCCUUCGCGCACCCACCCGCGUCUCCGUCCGCGCUCCACAUGUACAAAAUGGAUUACUCGUAUCUGAACACGUAUGACUCGUGCAUGGCGGCGAUGGAGGCGUCGGCGUACGCGGACUUUAACUCGUGCAGUCAGGCCAACACGUUCCAGUACAACCCGAUCCGAACCGGCUUCAGCUCCAGUCCGGGCUGCGCUCCGCUCGGAUCCGCCAGCUGCACCCUGGGCGCACUGAGAGAGCACCAGCCCGCGCCCUACAGCACAGUUCCGUACAAGUUCUUCUCGGACCCCUCCGGUCUGAACGAGAAGCGCAAGCAGCGGCGGAUCCGCACGACCUUCACGAGUUCUCAGCUGAAGGAGCUGGAGCGCGUGUUCGCGGAGACGCAUUACCCGGAUAUCUACACGCGUGAGGAGCUCGCGCUGAAGAUCGACCUGACCGAGGCGCGCGUCCAGGUUUGGUUCCAGAACCGACGUGCCAAAUUCCGUAAGCAAGAACGCGCUGCCAACUCCAAAGGAGCUAACACUGCCGGUAACGGCUCCGGUGCCAAGAAGUCUGGUGAGAACCGCUCUUCCUCCGAUGAUGACGAGUCUAAAGAGUCGACCUGCAGCCCGACGCCGGACAGCACGGCUAACAUGGGCAGCCCCGGGGUCAGCAGCCUCAGCCCCAGCCCGGUCUCCGGCUCCUCGGCUGGCUUCUCCACCGCCUCCAUCUCACCCUCCAUCCACCAGGGCCUCAAGAGCUCGCCGUGGCCCAGCAUCGGCUCCCCUGGACCGGCCCUCCAGACCCAGGACCUGCUGAAGGCCUGGCAGCCGGCGGACAGUAUGGCAUCUGGGCCCUUCGCCGGCGUUCUGUCCUCGUUCCACCGGAAACCCAACACAAUCAAGACCAACCUGUUCUAGAGACUCCGGGUCCUGCGUCUCUGUCGCUCAUCUACUGCU